AUGGGUACUACUUCAUUUGUCGAGAGUCCGAUUGUGAAGGACUCCAAACUUUUGGUUCCAAGAACAUUGACAUCCAAACCUUAUUUGUUACCGUUUUUACCACUAUAUGCUACAUUCUUUCAAAUAUAUUUUACAAACUAUGAGAAAUAUAUCGGUGGUUCAGAGUGGACCUUUGUCUAUCUAGGUGCUAUUAUUUCUUUAAAUGUGUUAGUAAUUUUAAUGCCAUUUUGGAAUGUGAACAUCAAAGCAAGGUUUGACUAUGUUUCAAGCAAUAAUGUUGCUGAAGCUACUCAUAUUAUGAUUUUCACUACCGCUAAUAAUGGUUCCGAUGACAUUGCUCCAAUUCAAAGAGUUCAAGAAGAGGGACAUUUACAAACAUUUUUUGAAUUCCAAAAGAAGAGAUUCUUGUGGGAUGAGAAAACUAACCUAUUUUCAUCUCCAAAGUUCAUAAUUGAUGAUUCUCCAAAGAUUGGUGACUUUACUAAUCAUAAGGGUUUAUCUGGUGACUUGACUAAUUUGAGAAGAUUAUAUGGUCAAAACUCGUUUGAUAUUCCAAUUCCAACUUUUAUUGAAUUAUUCCAAGAACACGCUGUUGCUCCACUCUUUAUCUUUCAACUUUUCUGUAUUGCUUUGUGGUUAUUAGAUGAUUUCUGGUACUAUUCUUUAUUUAACUUAUUCGUUGUGGUCUCAAUGGAAGCUGCUGCUGUUUUCCAACGUUUGACUACUUUGAAGGAAUUUAGAACUAUGGGCAUUAAACCCUUCGAUAUUAAUGUUUACAGAGAUGGUAAAUGGGAAACUAUGAAAACCAAUGAAUUGUUACCAAAUGAUUUAGUUUCAGUCACAAGAACUAGUGAAGAAAGUGCUUUACCAUGUGACUUGAUAUUAGUCGACGGUAGUUGUAUUGUUAAUGAAGCUAUGUUAUCUGGUGAAUCAACUCCAUUAUUAAAAGAAUCUAUUAAGUUACGUCCAAAAGAUGAUUUGUUACAAGUUAAUGACCUUGAUAAAAAUUCUGUUUUACACGGUGGUACUAAGGCUUUACAAGUCACUGCUCCAGACGGUACAACAGCUGUUCCAUUAGCUCCAGAUAAUGGUGCUCUUGGUAUUGUUACUAAGACUGGUUUCGAAACUUCCCAAGGUUCUUUAGUUCGUGUUAUGAUUUUCUCUUCUGAGCGUGUCUCUGUUGAUAACAAGGAAGCUUUAUUCUUUAUUUUAUUCCUAUUGAACUUCGCUAUUGUCGCUUCUUGGUAUGUUUGGGUUGAAGGUACUAAAAUGGGUAGAAUUCAAUCCAAAUUAAUUUUAGAUUGUAUUUUGAUUAUCACUUCCGUUGUCCCACCUGAGUUACCAAUGGAAUUAACAAUGGCUGUGAACAGUUCUUUAGCUGCUCUGUCUAAAUUUUACGUGUAUUGCACUGAACCAUUUAGAAUUCCAUUAGCUGGUAGAGUUGAUGUUUGUUGUUUUGAUAAAACUGGUACUUUGACCGGUGAAGAUUUAGUUUUCGAAAGUUUAGCUGGUCUCUCCAACAAUGUUGACGAUGUCAGACACUCAUUUCGUGCUGAUGAAGCCCCUGAAGUUACUGCUUUAGUCAUUGGUGCUGCUCAUGCAUUAGUUAAAUUGGAUGAUGGUGAUUUGGUUGGUGACCCAAUGGAAAAAGCUACUUUAAAGGCUUUUGGUUGGUCUGUUAAUACUAAAGUUGUUACCUCGCAUAAAAAAUAUGGAGAUGUUAACAUUCUACGUCGUUUCCAAUUUUCUUCUGCAUUAAAAAGAUCCUCUUCUGUUGCAUCCCAUAAAGGCGAAUAUUUUGCUGCCGUUAAGGGUGCUCCAGAAACUAUCCGUGAAAGAUUAACUAGUGUUCCAGCCAAUUAUGAUGAUAUUUAUAAGUCAUUUACCCGUUCUGGUUCUCGUGUUUUAGCUUUAGCUACUAAACGUUUGUCUAAGAUGAGUACUGCUGAUAUUGAUUCAUUAUCUCGUGAAGAUAUUGAAGAGCAGUUAGAUUUCAGUGGUUUCUUGAUUUUCCAUUGUCCAUUGAAAAGCGAUGCUAUUGAAACGAUUAAAAUGUUGAAUGAAUCCUCUCAUCGUUGUAUUAUGAUUACUGGUGAUAACCCAUUAACUGCUCUCCAUGUUGCCAAAGAAGUUGCUAUUGUUGAAAGAGAUAGUUUAAUAUUAGAUAAAGCUGACACAAAUGGUGAUGGAUCUAAGCUAAUGUUUUUCAAUGUUGAUGAAACGAUCAAAAUGGAUUUUGAUGUUAAAACUGAUAAAUUUGAUCAAGCUAAGAUUUUUGAUAAAUAUGAUAUUGCUGUUACUGGCGCUGCUUUACAAGCUUUAGUGGAAACUGAUCAUGAUCAAUUAAGACAAUUAAUUCGUCAUACUUGGGUCUAUGCUCGUGUUUCUCCAAAGCAGAAAGAAUACAUUUUGAAUAAUUUGAAAGACAUGGGUUACCAAACUUUAAUGUGUGGUGAUGGUACUAAUGACGUCGGUGCAUUGAAACAAGCUCAUGUUGGUGUUGCUUUAUUGAAUGGUUCCGAAGAAGGUAUGAAAAAGCUUGCUGAUGAAAGAAAAGCCAAUGGUAUGAAGACUGUUUACGACAAACAAGUUGAAUUAUUUACAAGAUGGGGCCAACCAAUUCCUGUUGUUCCUGAAAUAAUUGCUGAUUAUUAUCCACCUGGUCCAAAAAAUCCACAUUAUUUGAAAGCUUUGGAAAAGAAAGGUAAGACCAUUACUCCUGAAUUAAGAAAAUUAGUUACUGAGGCCAAUAACAAACCUGUUGAAGUUCCAAAACCAAUUGAUAAGAAAAACAUCAAGCCUUCCGGCAGCGAUUUCAGUACUUUAUUAAUGAGUGCCCAAGCUAAUGGUGACGGUGAUGAUGAAGAGGUUCCAACUUUGAAAUUAGGUGAUGCUUCAUGUGCUGCUCCGUUCACCUCCAAAUUGUCCAAUGUUUCUGCUGUUACCAAUAUUAUUAGACAAGGACGUUGUGCUUUAGUUAAUACUAUCCAAAUGUACAAGAUUCUGGCUUUAAACUGUUUGAUUAGUGCGUAUUCAUUAAGUGUUAUUUAUUUAGCAGGUGUUAAAUUUGGCGAUGGUCAAGCUACUGCUUCUGGUUUGUUGUUGUCUGUUUGUUUCUUAAGUAUUUCACGUGGUAAACCACUGGAAAAAUUGUCAAAGAGUAGACCACAAAAGGGUAUUUUCAACAUUUACAUCAUGGGUUCAAUCUUAUCUCAAUUUGCUAUUCACAUUGUCACUUUGAUUUACAUUACAAAAGAAAUCUAUAUUUUAGAACCAAGAGAACCACAAAUCGAUCUAGAGAAAGAAUUUACUCCAUCUCUAUUGAACACUGGUAUUUUCUUGAUUCAAUUAGUCCAACAAGUCUCCACAUUCGCAGUCAACUAUCAAGGCGAACCAUUCAGAGAAAACAUUAAAAACAAUAAAGGGAUGUAUUACGGUAUCCUUGGUGUUGCAGGUCUUGCCCUUGCAGGAGCAACCGAAAUGCUUCCAGAAUUAAACGAGGCAUUGAAUUUCGUACCAAUGACCGACAUUUUCAAAACUAAAUUGACCUUAACGCUAUUAUUGGAUUUCUUUGGCAGUUUUGCUUGUGAAUAUUUUUUCAAAUAUUUCUUCAUGGAUGAUAAACCAGCCGAUAUCACCGUCAAAUCAAUCCAAAUCGUGUAA